AUGAUUGACUACGAUUCAUUACUUGAGUUCGAGGAAGCUCUUGCACAAUCGUCAACCAGUGACACUAUAAUCCUAUUACGAAAUUUAGAAUCUAAAAUAGACUAUGCUAGACAUACCAAUACUGAAAAUGACGAACAACAAGACAACCGAGAUUUAGCCCAUGAAGAUCUCCAGGAAAUAUUGCAUACAGCAUUAGCAGAGUACAAGAUAUGUGAAGAUGAGUUUGCCACGUGCAAGACAUGUGGAGGAUCUUUGACCUGCCCUACGCUAUACAAGUCCUGCUGUCACAGUUUUGUUGAUCGAGACUGUGUCAUUGGAUCCAAACUCGAGAAGUCUUUCUGGCUUGCAUUCUUGGAGAACCCUACCCGAACCAUAAACACUAUGCCCAAUUACACCGAGUUUCUUUGUUUGAAACAAGGAAUACCAAAUCCUAUAAGAUAUCUCAUCUGGAAGAAAAUAUUUUUGUUGAAUGGAAAUAUUCCACAAAGCUCGAGAUUUGUCUAUCAAAACUUUCAACAUUCAUAUUAUCUGGAAGUUUCCAAGCAAAUAUCCAAGGAUUUGAGCAGAACUUUCCCCAGUGUAAAAUCAUUUGGUAAACAAGAAACAAUUGAUAACUUAUCGACUAUACUUAACGUCUAUGCUAAUUAUGAUGUUAAGUUGGGUUAUUGUCAAGGAUUGUUGUUUCUUGUCGGGGUCUUAUAUUUCCAUUUGAAUAGUGAUUGCGAAUUGACAUUCCAUGCCUUAAUCACUAUCAUGGAAACAGAACCGGAAUUGCACGAUAUUUUCACCACUUCAACCAUGUCAGAGACUCUUAACUGCUGGUUUUAUGAAUUCUCGCAUAUCUUACAGAAAUCUGAACCGGAACUAUACAAUCACUUGACUUCAUUUGUGGAAAUGAGAACUUUUCUUUAUCAAUGGUGGUUAUCAUUUAUGUCAUCACAUUCGCCAGAUUUGUUGAUUGUUAAUCGUAUUAUGGAUUUCUGUUUACUCCAAGGAUGGAAAGUCGGAUUGUUUAAGAUAUCAUUGGGGUUAUUGACAAGCAACAAACCAAUAUUGAUGACAUUAAACGAAGGGGACGAAGAGGUGGUUUAUCAACAUUUAUUAAACGAGUCAAAGUGGGGCAAUGUCAUUAAGGAUUUAGAUAGGUUCUUUGGCGAUGUGUUGUUCUCAUGGGAUGACAACUUAUUCUUACAGAAGCAAGAAGUUGAAGUUAAGCCAGUUGGGUCACCACAUAAGUCGAUCCUUAACUCAUUAAAGACACUUUCGUUGAAACCAUUUAUCAGCAUCAAUACGUCAUUGAACUCAAACUCGAGCUCAUCUUCAAACUCGCCAGACUCAACCUUGGACAAGACGGAAUCGAUUCAUUCAUCCAGUUCGCUCUUUUCUACUAACACGCUUGCCCCUUAUCAAAUGAAGAAUGAUUUAGAGUCGAUCAGCUCAGAUGUUAGUGAAGUGAGCCAUACGAAGUCAUUCUCUGAUUACUUGAGAUUUCCAUAUAUUCCUCCCAGGAAAGAUCUGAAACCAGAGAUUGAAGAAGAUAUAAAUGCUGAGCUCAUGAUUGAAAACGAAACAUUACGACAAUUAUUGAAGAAAGCGUAUUCGAUGCUUGAAGGUGACGGUGUGGAUAAGAUGGAGCUCAAGCAAGAGAUUGCUAAAGCGGUUGAGGUGUAA